GCACUCAGCAACUCACGCCGCCCCAACACGAUCCUAUCAUCCAUGGUCUUCAAGGUGCAUGCAAUCUCCCCCGUGAGCGCCAAGGUCGUUGCCGUGGGCGAGAUCAACCGCGUCAUUGUGUACAUCCUACGAGUAGACUGCGGUGGACGAACCAAGUACGUCUCCCGUCGGUACUCGGAGUUUCGCGACCUGAAGAAAGAGAUCCACGCCUAUGCGACGACCCCGCGCCGAGCGGAUUCGUGCCAGAUCUGCUGCGACGUCAUGUCGCUUGGCCUCAACCGAAGCGAUGGAUUCCCACGACGGAAACUUCUCCACAGCGAAAGUCUUGCGGUCGCCCGAAUGGAAGAACUGUCAGUGUUUGUCAAGAACCUCAUGAUCUCGACUCAAGGACUCCUCGAUGAAUCGUGCGCUAUUCCGGCAAAGUUGCGCUCAUUCUUCCUGCUUCCGUCCUCACACACGUCUACUUCUUUGGGCCCCAAGGGUGAUGACAUCGAUGCAGGGAUGGUCUACCUCACCACCGUCCAACUGCGCAUGAUUCGACAAACGGACGCCGCCGACUUUCAAAAUGACACAGAAAUCAAUUCGCCGCCCACGAACGCAUUGCAUCGACAGCAUUCGCUCGUUAUUUAUCCGUAGCAACAUCAUCUUGUUAGUGUCACGAUUAUCUGUAAUUCGAAUAUUCCUGCCGUCACCUUGGGGUCGUCGUGUCAUGGACCGAUGGCCC